AUGCCGGAGGACGAUGUGCCGCCGUCGGCAGCCCGCCAAGCCCGGGCCGGGGUGGGGGAGAAGAGCCGUCGAGCCGCCUGCCGCCGCCGGAUGCCUCUCUGGCCCAGGGAGCCCGGAGGAGGCGAGGCGGCGUCCGCCUUGCCGCCCGCCCACCCCGGCGUCUGCCCCAACCAGCUCAACCCCAACCUCUGGGUCGACGCCCAGAGCACCUGCGAGAGGGAGUGCCACGACGACCCGGACUGCGAAGGCUUUGAGAAAUGCUGCACCAACGUCUGCGGCCUGAAGAGCUGCGUGGCCGCCCGCUAUGCCGACGGAAGCCUGUCGCCGCCGGAGCUGGCGCGGGAGGCCACGUGCGAGAGCUUUGUGUGCACCCAGCAGGGCUCGGACUGCGACGUCUGGGACGGGCAGCCCGUCUGCAAGUGCAAAGACCGGUGCGAGAAGGAGCCCAACUUCACCUGCGCCUCUGACGGACUCACCUACUACAACAAGUGCUACAUGGAUGCCGAGGCCUGCAUCCGGGGCGUCGGCCUGGCCGUGGUCCCUUGCAAGUACAUUUUCGCCUGGCCCGACGCCAGCCCGGCGCCGACGGAGACGACGGCUCGCCCGACCCCUGGAGCGGCCGCGGAGGCACCCAUCCCUCCGGCACUCUACAACAGCCCUUUUCACCGGUCAGUGUACGUGGGCGGGACCGUCAGCUUCCACUGCGAUGUGAGCGGGCGGCCGCGCCCUGAGAUCACGUGGGAGAAGCAGAGCGACCGGCAGGAGAACUUCAUCAUGCGCCCCGACCGGAUGUACGGCAACGUGGUCGUGACCAACAUUGGGCAGCUGGUGGUCUACAACGCGCAGCCGGAGGAUGCCGGAGUCUACACCUGCACAGCCAGGAACGCCGCCGGCCUCCUCCGAGCAGACUUCCCCCUUUCGGUUGUCGAGAGGGAGCGCUCCGGGUGGGAGGCGAGGGCGCCCGGUGUCCCGCGGCUCCCUCCCGGAGAGUGCCUGAAGGAACCGGAUAAACGGGACUGCGAGGCCCACCGCGUCCGCUGGCAUUUUGACUCAAAGAAGGGGUCCUGUGUCACAUUCCGCUACGGAGGGUGCGGCGGUAACCGGAACCGCUUCGACACCUACGAGGAGUGCCGCCUGGCCUGCGCCGAUGGCGUCGUCGACCCGUGCUCCCUUCCCGUGGUGCAGGGCCCCUGCAAGGACUGGGAGCCCCGCUGGGCCUACGACCGCCUGAUGAAACGGUGCCAUUCCUUCAUCUACGGGGGCUGCGACGGCAACGAGAACAACUUUGACAGCAGGGAGAGUUGCGAGGACGUGUGCCCCUUCCUCAAGGCCUCGCGGUGCAAGGCGUGCCGCCUGAAGAGCAAGAUGGUGUCGAGCCUGUGUCGCAGCGACUUUGCCAUCGUGGGCCGGCUGAUGGAGGUCGUGGAAGACCAGGACUCCGGCAUUGCCCGCUUUGCGCUGGACGACAUCUUGAAGGACGAGAAGAUGGGCCUCAAGUUGUUCGACAUCAAGUACUUGGAGGUGACCUUGUCAGAUAUGGACUGGAGCUGCCCCUGUCCCAAUAUGACGGCCGAGGACGGGCCCCUCAUCAUCAUGGGGGAGGUGCACGAUGGUAUGGCGGUUCUCGACGCUGACAGCUACGUCCGGGCCGCCAACGACAAGCGGGUCAAGAAGAUCCAAGAACUUCUGGAGAAAAAGACCUGCGAGCUUCUUGACCGGUUCCGGGACUAGUGUUGGUGGCUUUCCACUGUGGACAAGGGAGGGCACGACACAACCCCCCCCUUGCGUUUAUGCCAAAUCGGGUGGGG